AUGGAAGUUAUAUCCAACGAGGUAUAUUCUGAUCCUGAUAUGUUUGAAGUCGAUAAGGAUCCACGUUAUUUUCAAGAUCGGGCCAUAUUAUGUCCAACUAACGACGACGUCGACUUGAUAAAUCAGUUCAUGCUACGUAAAAUACCCGGUGAAGAACGAACGUAUUUGAGUGCUGAUAGCAUUGAUCCAAUGGAUAUAGCUGCAAGGAACAAUCCAAUUUUCACACCCGAUUUUUUGAACUCUAUCAAGGUACCAGGUCUACCAAGACAUUUACUUUGUCUUAAAAUAGGAACUCCAGUUAUGUUGCUAAGAAACAUAGACUCAAAGGGUGGCUUAUGCAAUGGUACAAGACUGCAAGUUACUCAGAUGGCUGAUCAUGUUUUGGAAGCACGGGUUAUUACCGGAGAUCGUGUUGGGCACAAAGUUUUGAUCCCUAAAAUUGUUAUAUCUCCAUCUGACCUGAAAUUACCUUUUCGAAUGAGACGGAGACAGUUUCCGCUGGCAGUUGCUUUUGCUAUGACCAUUAACAAGAGCCAAGGUCAGUCGCUCAAGCAAGUUGGUCUUUACCUUCCACGACCAGUAUUCUCUCAUGGCCAACUGUACGUCGCACUUUCCAGAGUGACAUCGAAGAAGGGUCUUAAGAUACUAAUCGUCGACAAAGAAGGGAAACCACAGAAGCAAACAACCAAUGUUGUAUUCAAAGAAAUUUUCCAAAAUUUAUGA